AGACUCCAUCAUCCAAGAGUCCAAGUCUCUGGAUCACAACACUUUAUAGAGAGAGAGAGAGAGAGAGAAAGAGAAAGAGAGUGAGAUCAAACGCAGUCUCUCUACUGCGCACCUAAUUUACAGUGAUUAGAGAGAAGAGACAAAGAAAGAGACUCAUGGGAGUGUAAAAAACAAAAGCGAAAACCCAAAAAAAAAAAUUGUGAAAAGAAAAGAAAAAGCGAUUCCUCAGAACAAUAAAGGAAAAGCAGUUGAAGUGAAUGCUGCUUUUGUUCAGCUGGGUGGUGGAGGUGGUUGUUAUGGUGGAAAAUCUACUCGCUUUGGUUCGGUGAAUCUGAGCUCGCCGGGGGUAAAAUCGCCUUUUUAUUCUCUCCGACUCCAUGCCCGUCUCCGGCGGUUCUUUGGUCGAGGCUGUCGGCGGCGCUAUCAGUAAGCUCGGAGGAGGUAUCAUCGGUUUCGGCGGCGCGUCUGGCGGCUUCUGGAAGAAGACGGGAGUUCCCGAUGCUACUGUAGCUGUCGCCGUCACGGUCUUGGCUGGUCUCGCCCUGGCCACCGCCGUCUUCUACGCUUCUAGGUAAAAUACCAGAAAGGGGGGAUUUUUUAUUUUUAUUUUUUAAAAUUUUUCGAUGGAAGUUUGAGCAUUGAAACCCUAGAAAUCUGUAGAUUAGAUAGAUAUUUUUGAGUAGAGUGAGAAACAGGGAUAAUAGGAGUAGAUGAAAUCUCUAAAACGGAGUCAGACUUCGACUUCGAAUUCCUCCUCGCCGUCUUCAUCUUCGUCGUCAUCGUCAUCGACGUCGUGGGUCCAUUUGAGAUCGGUUCUCUUCGUAGUAGCCUCUUCCUCACCGGCUUCCUGUUCUUCUUCUGAUCGGGGUCAUCUCAAAUCACCAUGGUCAAGGCGAAAAAGAAAACGCAUCCUUUCACCCCAGCAGUGGAGAAGCUUUUUCACGCAAGAUGGAAGGCUUAGAGCUGGUGGAGUUAAGUUUCUGAAGAAAGUCCGAAGUGGAGGUGUUGAUCCCAGUAUCAGGGCUGAAGUCUGGCCUUUCCUGCUUGGAGUCUAUGACUUGAACAGUUCCAAAGAAGAAAGAGAUACCGUGAGGAAUCAGAAAAGAAAGGAAUAUGAGAAGCUGCGUAGGCAUUGCCGCCGGCUAUUGAAAUGCACGGAUGAGACUUAUAAAUUGAGGGGGACUAGUGGAACCGGUGAUGGAAACAGUGAAAUUCUCACUGAAGGGAUGGAGUCUCCAGACUCUGAAGAUGCUGUUAGUGCCCGGGAAUCCCUUUCUAGUGGGGAAAGAAGCCCGUAUAACGAUUAUUCAGACAAUCCUGCUGAUGUAUUGUUUGAUAGAGUUGCUAUUUCGAGACGAAUCACAGAGCCGAACUAUGUCUCUGACUACGAAUCAUCGGACUCCGACUCCUCUUCUGAUCCUGAAGCAAGUCUAACUUUGCCAUCCAUGGAAAGCAUGGAGGAAAAUACUACUGAGAUGCCCUCUAGGGAGGACACUUCCCCUUCAACGGAGGUCCAGUCACAACUCCGUAAUUCAGAAGAUUUUGCCACAUGGCAACGUAUCAUUCGCCUUGAUGCAAUUCGUUCUAAUGGAGAGUGGAUGACAUAUUCAUCCACUCAGGGUGCCACGGUAACAGAUGAUAGGGCACGCCGUUGUGCAGAAGCUGUUGGUCUGAAGGACUACGAUCACCUGGAUCCUAGCAGAAUCUUCCAUGCCGCUCGCUUAGUAGCCAUUCUCGAAGCCUAUGCACUUUAUGACCCCGAAAUCGGGUACUGCCAGGGUAUGAGUGAUUUACUUUCUCCAAUAAUCAGUGUUAUAACGGAGGACUUUGAAGCUUUCUGGUGCUUUGUUGGUUUCAUGAAGAAGGCUCGACACAACUUCAGGCUCGACGAGGUGGGAAUCCGGAGGCAACUCAACAUUGUUUCUAAAAUCAUUAAAUCCAAGGAUUCACAUCUUUACAGACACUUGGAGAAGCUCCAGGCAGAGGACUGUUUUUUUGUGUAUAGGAUGGUGAUAGUACUCUUCAGGCGAGAAUUGACAUUCGACCAAACGCUUUGCUUGUGGGAGGUGAUGUGGGCAGACCAGGCCGCGAUUAGGGCCGGGAUUGGUAAAUCUGCUUGGAGCAGGAUCAGAUUGAGGGCCCCACCAACCGAGGAUCUGUUGCUUUAUGCAAUUGCAGCAUCUGUUCUGCAAAGGAGGAAGCAAAUCAUAGAGAAAUAUAGUAGCAUGGAUGAAAUUUUGAGGGAGUGCAAUAACAUGGCAGGUCAUCUUGAUGUAUGGAAGCUUCUGGAUGAUGCCCAUGACCUGGUGGUCACCCUCCAUGACAAGAUAUAGCCACCCAAUUCUCCGGUGGCCGCCUGCCACCGCCUCUCCUCUCCGGUGGGCUUCCGAUACUCUCUUCUUCUAGGCUGCCACCCCCUCUCCGGUGGGGUUCCAAUACUUUCUUCUUCUUCUUCCCUAACUAAUUUUCAUUGCUUAACUAGUUUGUUGCUGUUUCUUGGAAUUUUCUUGAUUUUCUGCUGAAGCAUUGCUGUAAUGGAGUCUGUUUAUGUUAAUGGUCUCCUGAAGCCUGUGUACCUUUAGAUUCAUCGGACAUUCCUUCAAGAACAUCUUAUCUUAGGGAAUUACAAAAAGCACAUCCUACAUCAUAUUUUACCAGUGCAACCAUAAACAAAUGGUUUUUAUAUUUUCUUCUUUGUGUUAAUCUGUUGUUUGUUGUGAUA